GAAGAUCGUCGAUGUCAAUUCAGCAAGCUUUGUUUUGCAUACGUCAGUCUCGCUCAAAUGGACCGCAGCCCAAGAAAAGGGUCUGAGCAGAGACUACUCGCUGCAAGAUCAUGAUCCAGGGGACCCAGCCCUCUUCGUCCAGUCAAUCAUGCCGCUCUCUGUAUUUAUUCACUCUCUUCUUCGCAUCUGAGGAACUCCGGAUCUCGCAGAAGACCAGCCACAUCCUCUUCACGUCUUUAUAGAGCUUCUCCUCCUUUCUCUUCGUGCAGCCGUGAACAAGUACCAUAAUGAACUCCCUCAGAUUCUUGUCCAUGGCGGCGGUGCAGGUGAAGCAGAGGAGAGCAUGAUGUGGUAUGCUUUGGGGUAUGAGAAAGUCGAUACUACACGGUUCUACGUGAUGCUAGAAGACAAAUGGAGGACUGGUUGGCUCGAGCGCAUGGAGCAGCGUGAAUCCAGAUCCUGCUCUAUUUCCUCAAGCUCUCUUCCUCGACUAUACACCCGAUUACUGCCUGUCAAAUUGCCACCCACCGAUAAUAUUUUAUUCAUUUCGCCCGCCAAACCCAGCCGUUCGCGAAAAGAGAAGGAAAAGCCAAACUUGAUCAUCCCGAGUAUCUCGAAUCCUUAGACAAACUCUCAAUGUGGCAGCUCGUAUCACUCAUGACUACAUCUCGUACUGAAAUUACGAGUCGCCACAAGGAUGAACGUGACUGAAUGCAAAAGUUUUGCGAGGAUGUAGUUGAACCCCUGUGGGUGAUAACUUCACGCAUACAAGAACUCCAGCUUAUCCAACACUUCAUCCUUCCGUGUGAAUCAUUCAAGUUCGUCCUCCCUCCAGAAGAUUCCAGAAU